UAUUUGGGCGGUCUGAAAAUGAAGAAGGUAGAAGUCCAUACUUAGACAUAGGUAAUUUAGAACCUCCUUCAUCUAAAAUUAUGUCAAAGAGACAAAGUGCAAUUCAACAACAACGAUUACGAGCACAAGAACCCAAA